GUCAAGCUGUGGAGGCUCCACGCAUAACAAGCCACACACACAACGAGCGAGCGAGAGAGCGAGAGAGAGAAAGAUCGAGAUCGAGGGACGGACGUUUUGAUCCCCGAGCAAGCUCUGCUACAUCAGCGGUGGGGCAGAGCUUGGACAAGUUAAAUUGAUGCUCUUGGACGUGCAUUUUCUCGUCGAAGCUCAUUUCGGGUGAUAGAAAUCCGCAUUCUGGACUGAGGCGUGAGGGGAAGGGGAAGGCAUUGUGGACGAGCCCAAGGAGCUUAAGAGGUGAACAAACCCUGACGGGGUUUAUGAAUCGUUGAAGAGAGGCUCGUUGCUCAAUUGGGGCCAUCGUUGAUGACCCAUCCUUCAUCGUUGUACUUUCUCAACGCCUUUCUCAUUCUUCCUCCCUGUUUCCGCCAUUUUUAUUUGCGUUCCUCUUCGCCCACUGUAUUCAGCAAUUUCUUCACCUGCGAGACUGUUGUCUUUCUUAGCAUCUGUAUUAAAAGGAUCUCCCUGCAACGACGACGAAGAUGGCGACAGUAGAUGGACCCGCGAGGCUCCCGCCUGCUAGGGGCGAAAGUUUGGCUUCGGAUCGAUUUGCAGCAGCUUUAGCAAAUGUGAAUGACAUGGGACAAUCACUAGAAUCCUUGCAGUCAAUGCUCAGAAAGGCGGUUUACCUAGAUGAGGACGUCUUUGCGAAUGCAUCUGCAGUCUCUAAUCAGUCUCGGACGUUGAAGGCACAGGAGCGGAGAAUAAAAGCGCUUGAAAGGGAGUUAGACGCGGCCAUCGCAGCUGCUGGUCAUGCGCGGGCCGAGAAGAAACAAGCUGAAGCUGGCCAACGCGCAGCUGAAGCGCGUGUACAAGAGGUUUUACGGGAACUAGAAAAUACAGCUGUAGUUUUCAAGCUGCACGCAGAGGAGCUAAGGGCAAAACAGGAAGAGGUGGGAAAGAAGAACGAAGAGAUUCAGGUUUUGAAAGCCAUCAUUGAUACAUUGCGGCAAGAUAAAGCUGGGAAAAAAGCUUCAUGAUAUGGAGCAGCUCUGUAUGGGUAAGAGCAUAGGACACUGGGCUCUUUUCAGAACUAGUUAGGAAUUUGAAUCUACCUGCUUUUCUGUAAGCAUUGAGUCAACAUAGGCAUUGGACAACACAGGCGUAUGUAAUUGUAUAAAAAGCUACUUCAACGAAUGCCAUUUCCCUUCAUAAAUCAAAGUAACUCUUGUAGAAUUGUCAAGAGGAUAAGUUUGCUUAUUGCUGACUUAUAUACAAGUUCGUGUUCCUGCUCUGAAGCCCAAGCUUUCAAUCUUCUACGAUAGAGAAUAAUUUCAAAUUUUCGUUUCAAAA